AUGCACAGACCCGCGGGUACGGGUACAGAGCGGCGCGCGGUCAACGUUGCGUGUUCGGAGUUCUCCAGGACGCGUCAGCACGCGCUUGUCGCCUGUCCUCCGCUUUCUCUCCUCGCUUACCGCGCCCCUUUGCUCUCCCCUCACCGCGCCUCGCUCUCUCCUCUCCCCUCUCUCUUGCUCCCUCUCUCGCUCCCUCUCUCGCGCUCUCCUUCAAAGCCCGAACGCGAACGUGAUCUGGUUCUCAAGCGCAAAAGUAAGUUUUAUUUUCGUUUUUUCCUCAUUGCACCUGCUGACGCGUUCCUCUCUGCACUCCUCUCUCGCGCCCCCUCCCCCUCUAAGUCCGAACGUGAUCCGAUUCCGAAAUACCCGCACUCCCUCCCCCAGGCGCACAUCCUCCGUACCGCCCUCCUCGACCUAUUCCGAGUGUACAACAGACCGUGCGAGCUUGACACGUCGUGUCCUCGUGCCCAGUCUGUUGUAGCUCCUUCUACCUGUGCACUCAACCUGCACUCUGCGCAGCCGGGCCCCCUUGUGCUGCUCGGAUCUGUUCGCAUUCUCCAUCUCCACAUGGCUCAGCCAUCAACAUCAAUCAUUGUGUCCAGCUCGAUGACCCCUGCCCGUCUCUCAUUCUUACCGGCCGCGCACUGGUGGCUCGGUGCCCAAAACCUUGUCGAGCAGAACUCGGCUCACCCAACAAAAAGUUCCACAGAACGUAAACGUCUUCGUGAGAGGCUUGCGCUCCUUCGUGGCUGGCUCGACCUUCGCGUCUUCGUUUAUUGGAAGCGUCAAGACAAAUCUGGAUACUCCGUCCCGUGUAUCCCGGGGGAGGAGUAUGAGCUGGUGAAACAGUGCGCUCUGGUUUUACAUGAGCCUCGCAUUGGUCAAGGGAUGUUCAAGCUGUGGCUUCCCCCCACAGACUCUCCCUUCUCGGAGCCUGCCCCCGAUCCUCCAGUUCCAGCCCACCUUCGAUACCCUUCCCGACCUUCUGCAAUGUGCAUCGGUCGCAUUCCCUCUACUACCGAAGUCAGUUACCUGGGCUAUUGCGACUGGUCCCAACUCCGGUCUCUGUCUACGAAGAUGGAUAUUGGGGGCCGUACGAAUACACCCUCACUCCCCAGCCAUUUAACCGACAUGCCCCUUGGCUUAUCUACAUUCCUCUUCGCCAUCCUAUUUUCCGUCUCGAACUCUUCCAUCAUUGACACUCUGCGCCCGGAGCUCUACCAAGAGAUCUCGAGGACGUGCUUCCGCCUCUGCCACGAAGUCCGCGACCUCCUCCCUUUGGUCCUCACCCUCCGCAACCAUCUUAAUCAAGUUGUCAACGACGAAGACUUACCCCGUGGUUUACUCACUCGGACGCUGGCGGCUGUUGGGCAUCUGGAACGGGGUGUUCUGGGGUGGAAGGAUUUUCUCUUCACAGUUCGUACUGUGUCACGAUGUGGCCUCGAACUACAUGCAUUCCUUUCUUGGGCUUGUGAUGUCCGGGUCUACCCCAACACCGGCACCCCGGGGCAAGAAAAUGUCAGAGGCGCAAUAUUCGAAGACGGUGACUUCGACAUCUUCCUCACUUUUGCGAAGGCCAGCAAUCCCGUAUACCUUCGCUUGGAGGAGCGGCCUGUUCCUCCCGGUCACUGGCGGUGCUUUGGUCCAUCAGAUUCUCGUUCUGUCAAGAGUGGUCCUGUUGAGUAUGGACAAGGUGAUAGGCAGAGCAUGGAGGCUUUCUACUACCCUCCACCCGGUUCUGAAGGCCUUACCUUUGAGCGCGAGGCUCGAGGUGCCCAAGAAGCCUUCGGACGUUAUCAGUAUAGGGCCUUGGCAGGUCAAUUUUCAACACAACUCUUUCCGUUCCUCAAUACCGACCGUCCAUCUUGGUUCCCUGCACCUCAUCCUGUCUUCGAGCGUGCCUGGGAGCGUGUCUACUCCCAAUCGCUCAAACCCAACACAGACGUUGUUCGCACAUUUGCCCCUCCGUUCGAAAUCCUCCUCAACGGUGACGAGGAGACCCUUGCUCUGCGACGUCUGGCGUAUACGUACCUUUACCCUACGCUAUGUGCCCGCCGCACGCUGGCUUUGCGGGAUCUAGCAGUCUGUCCGUUGUCGAAGCACGAGUGGCGCCAAGUCACAACAGGUGCUACAGUGGCGCACAAAAAGAAUGCAGGUGGCACUGUGGCCCCGACCAUGAUCCGAUUUUUUUUCAGUCAUGCUAUGUGA